AUGAAUAUUUCUUCAGACCUGAUGUCAGUAGAAUCCCUCAAGAGUGUCGCGCCGACCGAGGUCGAAACUUUCCUCAAGUCGAUAUAUUUGAUGGAAAAGAACGUAAAGGAACUGGAAAGAUAUUCUCAACCAUUGGGAGCGUUGCAAAUGAGUAUGGAAGGGACGCUCGGCAACGAAGAGAAGGGAAUGUUAGCCAGGGUAUCAUCGAGUGAUACUUCGUACGAUGCUGCCAGGAUUUCUGGGGUAUACUCAUGGUACAAAUUGGGUGAUCCCAAUUGUGUGGAAAUACAAAGAGCUUUCCAUAUUCAUUCUCGCAAACAAACUGUAACUAAUCAAAUGGACAAUACGAUCUUACCCUAUGCGUCUAAUUGGUUGAGCGCCGCUUUGGACGAAAUCGUCCAAGAAACAAAUACCAUUUCCGAAAGGCACAGAGAAUUUCGUCAAGAUCCAGAGGAUUGGAAGAGGACAAGGGGGAUAGAAGGGUUAGGAAACGUACAUCAAGCAAUGAGAUCGUACAAUCAGACUCUCCGGGCCGCCAGGACUUGUUCACAAGCAUUGAUCAAUAAAAGUGUUGAUGAACUGCAAGAGUCCAAAGCUGCUAUUGUAAACUUGAGUCACAUUAUGGAUCAAGUUUAUCUCAACUGGAACGAUGAUAUUGCUCCAUACAAGUCUGAGUCGAUCCAAUUGGCCACACGAAUUUUAACUGAGCUGAAAAGCGAAUGUGAAGACUUUUUACGUUUGUUUGGAUCCGUCCCAGUGUUUAGUAUAGGUGACGAACGAUCACAUUGGGAGAGAGAACUAGCGGCAAGUGGAGAUAGGUUGACAACCCUUUACGCGUCAGCUGCAACUCAUAAGGAAGAAUUGAAAACCCUUUUCUGUAUCGUCGAGCCCAAUCAUGAGUAUCGAAAUACAUGUGAAGCCUGGGGCAAGAUCACGGCAGAAGUCAAGAACGCUUUCAAAACAUUGAGAUCCCGUGGUGCGCAAGGGUCUUCGUUGGAUUUGGAUGACUUGGCCAGUGUGCUUGACGAUCUGUAG